AUGACGGAGAAAGUGGAAAUUCUAGAAGUUGAGGAUUUUGAGGAGAUUCCGAAGCUUCAGCAAGACAGAUGCAGUUCUGCUACCUCUGGGUGCAGCCCCCAGGAGCCCAGUCUGCUUGCUGCCUUGUCUCCUACCUACUACCCUACAGACUAUGGGUACAGAAAACAAAAAAGGCGCAGAGAAGAAUUCUGUAGCAGAUGCUGUGCUGCAUGGCCCAGACCCCCCUUCAGGACUGAAGCGUUCACUUUCCUAGCAACCAGGAGUGUUGGCUGCAGACAGUUCGAAGCCAAGUCCAAUUCCAAGAACUGCUGCCAGAGCCGCCUCACCCAAGCCGUGAAUCAUCAAGUAAAAGUUAAAUUAUGUUCCAUGUAUACUGCUAAAAAAGUUAGGAAAUCUCUGCAGUCAGUGUGCGGACGACCUGUAUACUCAAGCCGUAUUGUGGGUGGUGAGGACUGGCCUUGGCAGGUCAGCCUGCACUUGGGUGAGUCCCACGUCUGUGGAGUUUCCCUCAUCGGUGACAGGUGGAUACUGACAGCAACACACUGCCUACACAGGCGCUGGAUUCCUUUCUUAUAUACUGUGUGGCUGGGAUCAAUUGACAUAGGCCAUUCAAAUACAGGCGUGAAGUAUCAUGUGUUCCGAAUUGUCAUCCAUCCCAAACACCACGGUACCAUUGCAGACAUUGCCUUGUUGAGGCAGUUCUCUAGAGUCACCUACAGUUCUUCCAUCCUGCCCAUUUGCUUGUCCAGUGUCAAAAAGCAGUGGACAAUUCCAGACUCUUGCUGGGUGACUGGAUGGGGAAAAGCAGAAGAUGAAGAUUCUGACUACCCUACAAUCCGCCAAGAAGCAGAAAUACCCAUCACUGAACACCAGCAUUGCGAAAAAAUCUACAACCCGGUGGGUUAGCUACUGCCACAAACAGAGCCGGUCAUCCAGGAAAGCAUGAUUUGUGCUGGUGAUCUUGAGAAAAGAAAGGAUACUUGCCAGAUCAGGGGUGAUUCUGGAGGGCCUCUGUCAUGUCAUAUUGAUGGUAUAUGGAUCCAGAUAGGAUUGUCAAGCUGGGGAACAGGAUGUGGUCUUUCUUUUCCUGGAGUCUACACCAAUGUGACCUACUACCAAAAAUGGAUCAUGUCCGUUAUCUCAAGAGCUGAGGUCUUGGAUGCCAACAACCUGGACUUAGCUGACUUCUUGCUCCCUACUGUACUGCUCUCUCUGGCUCUCCUGGGACCCUCCUGCGCCUUUGGGCCUCACAUUUUAGGGAGAGUAGGCAGUGUAGCUGAAGCUGCUGGCCAAGUACAGGGCUAGGGGAAUGCAUGGAGAAGAAGCCCCAGGAGCAGAGAACUCACGAGGAGAGUCGCUGGGAACUCUGGAUGA